CAAGUCCAUUCAGGAUGCAACUCAGCUGUUGCUAUAUAAAACUCAUUCACCUCUCAGAACCAUAAACCCUUGAAAUCAAACAACUCAUUUAUUUCAAAAGGCUUAAAUUUGUCUAGUGAUAAUGAAGAGGGUGGUGGGAGGAGGAGCUGUGGAGGAGGCCAGUGAGGGCAAGAGGCCGAAGACGAAGAUUGUGUGCACGUUGGGACCAGCUUCUAGGUCCGUCGAGAUGAUUGAGAAACUUUUGAGGGCUGGCAUGAACGUUGCACGCUUCAAUUUUUCACAUGGAAAUCACGCAUACCAUCAAGAAACUUUGGAUAAUCUCCGGACUGCCAUGAACAACACUGCUAUCCUCUGCGCCGUCAUGCUGGAUACUAAGGGUCCUGAGAUUCGAACUGGAUUUUUGAAGGAUGGGAAACCAAUAAAACUCAUUCAGGGUCAAGAGAUAACUGUAUCCACUGACUACAGCUUAAAGGGUGAUGAAAAUAUGAUCUGUAUGAGCUACAAAAAGUUGGCUGAAGAUUUGAAGCCAGGAAGUGUUAUCUUGUGCUCUGAUGGCACAAUUUCACUGACAGUAUUGACUUGUGAUAAGGAACUUGGUUUGGUGCGAUGUCGGUGUGAAAACUCUGCGGUACUUGGAGAGAGGAAGAAUGUUAAUCUUCCUGGGGUGGUUGUUGAUCUCCCAACCUUAACUGAGAAGGACAAAGAAGAUAUUCUGCAGUGGGGUGUUCCGAAUAAGAUUGACAUGAUUGCGUUAUCUUUCGUUCGCAAAGGUUCUGAUCUUCUGGAGGUCAGAAAGCUCUUAGGAGAGCAUGCAAAGUGUAUUCUUCUUAUGUCAAAGGUUGAAAAUCAAGAGGGGGUUGCGAAUUUUGAAGAAAUUCUCGCAAACUCGGAUGCAUUUAUGGUGGCUCGGGGUGACCUGGGAAUGGAAAUUCCGAUUGAAAAGAUAUUUCUCGCUCAGAAAGUGAUGAUUCUUAAGGCCAAUAUACAAGGAAAACCUGUUGUAACUGCUACUCAGAUGCUGGAGUCAAUGAUAAAAUCUCCAAGGCCUACUCGAGCUGAAGCAACUGAUGUUGCCAAUGCAGUUCUUGAUGGUACUGAUUGUGUAAUGCUCAGUGGUGAAACUGCUGCCGGAGUCUACCCUGAAAUUGCUGUUCAGACCAUGGCCAGAAUUUGCAUUGAAGCAGAGAACUUUAUCAAUUAUGGGGAUCUUUUCAAGAGAAUAAUGGGCACUGCACCGAUGCCUAUGAGCACUUUGGAGAGCUUAGCUUCUUCUGCAGUGAAGACAGCCAACAGCAUAAACGCAGCUCUGAUUUUGGUCCUAACUAGAGGUGGAACCACAGCAAAGCUGGUUUCGAAGUACAGGCCAAGGAUGCCGAUUUUAUCUGUGGUGGUGCCGGAGAUAAGGACAGAUUCACUUUUGUGGUCGUGCAGCGAUGAAUUCCCAGCCAGGCAUAGCCUUAUUUUCUGGGGUCUGGUGCCUGUUUUGUGCUCAGGUUCUGCAGGAGCUUCUGAUUCUGAAUCAACAGAAGAAACCAUAGAGUUUGCACUUCAACAUGCAAAGUCUAAGGGACUUUGCAAGCAAGGAGACUCGGUUGUGGCAUUGCAUCGUGUCGACAAUGCUUCCGUGUUAAAGAUCUUGACUGUGAACUGAUAUCUUUGGAAAGAGAAAUUGCAUUGAUGAUAACAAAUUUUGUGCUUCUAAUUUCUGUGAACUUUUAAGAUGCGGCAUUUAUUCA